GGUUAUAACGCACUGUAGCAGACGACGGCACCCAUUUGAUAUCCAGGCGCUGUACGGCGAUACAGCAUCACUGUUUCUUCCUUUAUUCUUUAUUGAGGAGCAAUCAUUAGAGAGGAUUAAUUAUGCCCGGGAAUAAGAGACAGGUUAUCGUAAUUGGUGGAGGCAUCAGCGGUAUGUCCGCUGCCAAAUGGCUCCAUGAUAGGAAUGUUGAUGUACUUGUGCUGGAAGCACGGGAUAGAGUCGGUGGGAGAACACACACUGUCAGGAACGAUAAAGUGAAAUAUGUAGAUGUAGGCGGAUCGUACGUCGGUCCGACCCAGAACCGAGUUAUCCGGCUCGCUGAAGAACUUGGCAUCCAGAAUUACAGAGUCUUUGACGAAGACGCGGCUCUUCUCUCUCUUAAUGGAGGACGAAGGAAAUACUACACUGCGAUGCCCACCUCCAAUAACCCUUUCGUAAUGAUGGAUAUUAUUCAUUUCUGGAAACUUGUCGACAAACUUGGAGAACAGAUUCCAGUCGAUGCGCCGUGGAACUCUGCUCGAGCUGAAGAAUGGGAUAACAUGACGACAUCUGAAUGGCUGGACAAGAUCUGUUGGUUUUCCUACACUAAGAAGGUGGCAGAGGCUUUUACUAGGUUGGUGUUCGCUACAGAAGCUCAAAACAUGUCGCUUCUCUACUUCCUCUGGUACGUCAAGAAUGGCGGAGGAAUAUACAGAAUCAUGUCAACUGAUAAUGGUGGUCAAGAAAGGAAAUUGAUUGGCGGCUCACAGCAAAUCAGCGAAGGGAUAGCAGAUAGACUAGGAGAUGCAAAUGUCUACCUGGAACAUCCAGUGAAAAGUAUAUCCCAGGAAGGAGCGGGUAUUACUGUCACCACGGUCAGUGGUAAAGCAUUCGAGGCAGACUUUGUAAUCAGUGCAGUUCCAAUGGCCCUACUUGGAAAGAUCUCAUUUAACCCUCCACUUCCAGCUCUCAAAAAUCAGCUCAGCCAAAGAAUUCCAAUGGGUUCAUGUAUCAAGACAAUGACGUACUAUGAUCGACCUUUCUGGAGAGGUUUAAGUUUCUCAGGUUUUAUCUUGACUGAUGACAUCGUUGCAGCAACCAUUGAUGAUACGAAACCAGAUGGAAGUCUUGCUUGCCUCGUCGGAUUUGUCAACGGAACGUUCGCAAGGAAAUACACUUCUGUAUCCAUGGAAGAAAGAAAAAUGCUGGUCGCCAAAUGCUAUGCCAAAGUAUUUGGAUGUGAUGAAGCGUUAAGACCGACUCACUAUGUGGAGAAGAACUGGAUGGAAGAAGAGUACAGCGGAGGUUGUUACAUGGGAGCCACGCCUCCUGGUGUGUUGUCCAUAUAUGGAAAGGUGAUGAGAGAACCGGUAGGCCAGGUGUAUUUUGCCGGGACCGAGACUGCCAAUCAUUGGUCGGGAUACAUGGAAGGAGGGGUACAGGCUGGAGAGAGGGCAGCAAGAGAGGUUCUCUAUGCCCAGGGCAAGAUAAAGAAGAACGAAAUCUGGCACGUGGAACCCGACAAUCCAGAUUGGCCGUAUACCAAAUUCGAGAUGAGCUUCUUGGAGAGAAUGGCGCCCUCUAUCAACGGUCUGCUCGGUUUUCUUGGGACCUGUGCAACAGGUCUUCUUGUUGCCGGUCUGGCUGUCCUUUACAACGAUCAGAUCAGGAGUUUCCUCGGAAAGUAGAUUGAAAAAAAAAGAAAAAAAAUCAGAGAUUUCCACUUUCAAUCAUAUUUUUAGAGAAGGUUUGGUUUUCAGGAGUUAACAGUGAAACAGAAAGUAUUAAGAAAAUAUCUUUGCGAUGAAAAGUUUCAUUCCCGAAUUAGAAAUGACAAUGCUCUACCCCCAUGAAGACAUGUGUAUGGUUUUACCAAAGACGAUGAUCAUUUCAUGUUUAGAAAAUGUUGAAAAUUGAUGUUAUUCUUACGAUUU